AUGGCGGAAGCUUUCCCUCAAGAGAUACAAACGCUUCUUGAGAGAAAAAAGUUUGCUGAUGCCAAGAAGGCCUGUGAAGAGAGAGGUAUUAGCACAAUUGAAGUUCAAAAAAGUAUCACAGAUGAAAUUAACAGAGCGAAUUUCGAGCUGAAAAACAAAAACGCAGAAUCUGCCAUGAACUAUUUCAUUAACUUGAUUGGUGCUAUCGAACCAUCUAUGGUUCUUUGCAAAUUCUUCAGUCCUCACCUUACACAAUAUCUAACCACUUUCCUUGUCGAAUUGCAUACAAGAGGAUAUGCUAAUGAGCAGCAUACACGUCUUUUAUUCAAUAUGUUCCAGAAAGAAGACGAUACUCUUUUCGAUAAAUUUUUGAAACUCCUUGAACAAGCAAAAAGUCAGAAACGAGCUGAAAGCCAAACAGGAAGUAAUUUUUUCCUAUUCGGAAAAGGCGACAAAACAACGAAAUCUAAUUACCAAGACUUGUCCGCCUUUUACGAAAAUUUCAAGCAAAACACGGGCGCUGCUAUGGAAGUUCUUGUUCAAAACGACAUGGGCGACAAAGCUUUCUUGCUAUCAAAUAUUAUCUCUAUUCCUUCGCAUCGUGUCAGUCUUUUGAUAAAUAGCCAAGAAAAUUACCUCGAAGCAUCAAAUCUCAUUCUCAAAGAAUGUACAACACCUCCUGGUGUCGAAAACGAUCUUCUUCAGCCAGCAGCUAACCAGCAAACUCAAAAUAAUCUUCCAACACCUCGUGGACGCCAAUUACUUCUCGAAUACGGAGCUACCUUAAUUUCCAAGGUCAUCGCCAAGAAGUAUCCGCAGAAAAACAUCGUUAUUGACAACAUUAUUUCCGCAGCUUACCAAGCAUGGAUCAGGAACGAAGAUAGCUCAGACGUCGACUUCAUACAUGCAUUCUGGGGAUAUCCGGAAUAUUGUUUUAAGUUCGUUGAGAAGGCUUGCGUUGCUCGUCCAACUCCAUUAUUAAAUACUUGCCUCAUUGAUUUGACAAUUCCUCGUUCUCCGUCACCAGAUGAAAAAUAUCUUGAUAAGAUAUUUAACCUCGAGUGGGAAGGAAAGCCAAAUUCCAGUUAUUGCCUUAAUAAAUUAAGAGAUAGUACAAUUAAGUUCUAUUUCGACGAAAUUCUCUUCAUUUGCAACGAAGUAAGUUUCGUUGAAGGUGUUAUCGCAUGCCUUGAACGCGCAGGAAACUAUUCUGCCGCUUCAUCUUAUUAUAUCGCCGCAUGUGAGCACAGUCUUGAAGACAAAGCCAAAUUUGAUAAUACAUUAUCACAGUACGUCAAAUGGCUACGCAAUAGCCCAAGUUUAAAGAACGACGACUGGGUAGAUGUAUUUCAAUUUUUCAUUAAGUACUACAACAAAGCUUCCAACGAAUCAUUCAUGUCCAAUCCCAAUGACGACCCCCACGAUGACCACAAGACCCUCUUUAUCCAAAAGAUUGUCCUCAAAAACGCCAAAAAAGCCCGACCACUCACUUCUCUCAUCCAUUACAUGUCCAAAUUCCCGAACAUCCCGCUCAGGAUCGUCAAGAAGUCGCUAAUGAAGGAGCUCACGAAGAGCGAAAAGGUUCUUGAAAACGAAGUCAACGAUCAUGAGACAAGUGUUCGCGAAGUUGGCCAAAUCGAGAAGCAGAUCGAAAGAUUGGAAGGCGAGGAUAUCGAGUUCAGACCAAUGAAAUGCGAAGUCUGCCAUAAUAAACUUGAUAUCCCUUACAUCGCAUUUAUGUGCGGACAUAUUGUCGACAGGAAAUGCUGCAUAAUUGGUGUAGGAAAUGUUCCUAUUUGCCCAAUUUGCGGUGACCCACAUAGCGAAAUUACUCCGAAAUACAAGAUGCCUGAAGAAGCGAAGCGGACUAUCCGCCUCGAUCCACAGCAGCCGGAUUUGUUGAACUCUGUCCUUUCUCUAGUUCACAAUGGAUACUUCGACAAAUAA